AUGGGAAGAAAGCGAAGACUCAGAUCUGGGACACUGCUGGGCAGGAGCGCUUCAGGACCAUUGCUGCCAGCUACUACCGUGGUGCUCACGGCAUCAUCAUCGCCUUCGAUGUCACGGACCGGGAAUCCUUCAAGAACGUGCGGCAAUGGAUGCAGGAGAUUGACAAGUAUGCACCUGCAGUGGUCAACAAGAUGCUCGUGGGCACCAAAAUCGACCUCGUUUCAAAACGAGUUGUCGGGGAGGAGGAAGCAAGGGAACUGGCAGAAGAGCUGGGUCUACGAUACUUGGAGACGAGUGCCAAGCAUGCGCACAAUGUAG